AUGUCUGAAUACACGGCCGGCCAGGCGGGCAUGGACGCCGUCGAGGCCAAGGACUGGCCCCUCGCCAUAGAGAAGCUGUCGGCGGCUCUCAAGUCGACCAAGUCGCCCAAGUGGCUCAUCGCCCGGUCCAAGGCCUACAUCGGCACCAAGGACUACCGCCGCGCCCUCCGCGAUGCCGAGCUCGCCUACGCCGCCGCCGCCGCCCGCGGCAACCGCGCCUUCAUCACCGACGCCCAGUACCGCCGCGCCGUCGCCCACCUCCGCCUCGGCGAGCUCGCCAACGCAGACGCCUGCGCCACCUGGGCCCAGCGCCUGGCCGAGGGCAAGACCAUGUCCCUGCCCGAGUGGAAGGAGCCCAGGGUCGGCGCCCGCGGCUUCGCUACCGCCACCAAGAAGGAGCUGACGGACGAGAUAACAGCCGUGCGCGCGACCGAGGACCCGGCCACAAGUAAGUACGGUGCGCUGUGGAACUCGAUCUGCGCCCUGCGCCUGCAGAUCCUCUCCGGGUUGGAGAAGCUCGCCCAGGACGACGAGAAGAGAAUGGUGACGGUCAAGUACGACCCGGGCGUCUCGCUGGACGCGCCCGAGGAGGACGACGAGGAAGAGAUCACCAAGGAGGAGGUCCAGGCCGCUUCUGCGGCGGCUGCCCAGAAGCCAGAAGUCAAGAAGGAUGUGCGCGUCGACUUCUUCCAGAGCAACGCCACCAUGUCGGUGUCGGUGUUCGCCAAGAACAUCCCCAAGGACGAGUUCAAAGUCGAGUAUGAUGGCCAAGAGAUCCGCAUGACGCACAUUCCCGGCCACGAACCUUGGUACACAAUCCCCCUCUGGGGCCAAAUCGACCCGGCGGGCUCCAAGCAUACCGUGACCGCGAACAAGGUCGAGUUCUCCCUCAAGAAGCUCGAGGUAGGGAAGUGGCCCACCCUCCAGCGCUCCCCGGGCACCGCGCCCGCCGUGCCCAAGGCUGCCGCGCCGGCCCCGACGCCCGCGGCGCCUUCAGCACCUGCGAUCCAGAAGUCCGCCGCCCCCGCGUACCCGACCUCGUCCAAGUCGGGCCCCAAGAACUGGGACAAGCUCGAGGGCGCCGACGAAGAGGACGAGCGCGACAUCAACGCCUUCUUCAAGACGCUCUACAAGGGGGCCACGCCCGAGCAGCAGCGCGCCAUGAUGAAGAGCUUCACCGAGAGCAACGGCACCGCCCUCAGCACCGACUGGGACGACGUCAAGAGCCGCAAGGUCGAAACCGUGCCCCCCGAGGGCGUCGAGGCCAAGAAGUGGGACUCGUAG